ACACUUUUUUUCGUCUCCGACCAGGAAGCAUAGCCAACAACAAUCAAGUCGCAUACCCUUUCAUUAUGUAGCUUUACGUGUCAGUCUAUUCGCGGUCUAUGCGUUUGAUUAUGAUACAGAAUACUUGUUAUUGUAUCAUGUUAUGUUAUCGUUGUGCUGUCAUGUGAUCCUUGGUGACAGUUCAUUGAAUAACCCAACUAGCCAUCCUCACUCGCCUUGUGGUCGCCGCUCCCGAAACGCUCGUGGUGGUUUUAUAUUUAGAGGCAGCAGCAGCCAUGAGCGGGGAAGCCGAGGCUCUGCUGGUCGUGAACCAGCUGCGGGAUCUGGCUGCAGACCCCAUGAACCGGAGAGCAAUCGUCCAGGACCAAGGCUGCUUGCCCGGACUCAUCCUGUUCUUGGACCAUCCCAACCCGCAAGUCGUUUACUCUGCCCUGCUUGCGCUGAGGUACUUGGCAGAAUGUCGUGCCAACAGAGAGAAGAUGGAGGGUGAGCUGGGCAUGAUGCUGAGCCUCCAGAACGUCAAACAGAAAUCCACCACCCCGGGGGAGACGAAGCUUCUGGCCUCGGAGGUAUACGAGCUGCUCCAGGCAUCCAGCGGGCCAGAGUCCGACCGGGCUGAAGGAGCUCCGUCUGGUAGGAGGAAAGCCCAGUUCUUUCUGGGCUCCACCAACAAGCGGGCCAAGACAGUGGUAUUGCAUAUAGACGGGCUGGAUGACUCUAGUCGCAGGACUCUGUGCGAAGAGGCCCUGCUGAAGAUCCGCGGGGUUAUUAGUUUCACCUUUCAGAUGGCUGUCAAGAGGUGCAUCGUUCGAAUCCGCUCCGACCUCAAGGCGGAGGCGCUGGCGUCGGCCAUUGCCUCUACCGAAGUUCUGACAGCCCAGCAGGUGGUGAAGGGAGAGAAUGGCCAAGAGAUUUUGAUCCCCUUCACGGAGGACGGCUCUCUACAGGUGGAGCAGAACGUGGACCUGCCGGACUAUCUGCCCGAGGAGGAGGCCCAGGCCGAGGAGCCCGACAAGGCAGUGACCCGGGUGGGCAACGGGCAGGAUGGCGCUACCUGGCUAGGCACCGCUGCCAACUUCCUGUCUCGUUCCUUCUACUGGUGACCCAGUGGGGCCUCGCCAGCCCCAGGUCCAGAACCUGAGACUGGACGGACCAGCCUGACUGUUACCACGGAGACUUGUUACCACCCGUAUUAUUCCAUGCUGCUGGUCAUGCACACAGACAAGAUCCCUCAUGUACAGUAUGAAUUGAAGCCUGUUUUUGUCUGGCUGCCGUUCCAGAAAAACAGUGUGGAUCUCUGUAAGGAGCAGACCCACUAGAUUGGAGCAGUAUUCUGUUACACACCAAACUGUAUUGUCCUUGUCAUUACUUUUUUUAGGACCAAAUCUUUUUGGAGAUGCAUGUGGAAAUUUCACUUCUCAGAAUGAGGCUUCAAAAACGUAAGGUGUCAUGGAUAAAUAUGUUGACCAAGAGAUAUAGUUGGUUUUCCAGUGCUACAUAACGUUAGCUGGAGCUCUCUGCUGUGCCUUUGUUAAGUGGUAUUUGGACCUGGUUGCUGUGUUUGGAUUCUGAGUGACAAACAUGUCCCCCUGAUGGGUUUGGUCUGCCGUGGGCGCGUGCAUUAUCGGGUGGCAGUGCAUCACCUUGAACAUGCCGUGUAUAAGCUGUAGUACAUAAAUACUAACUGGCAAACAAUCUGUAAGACCCUGAGGGAGGAAGUACUGGCCGUCAGAACGGGUUGUAUUACACCAAGUACUUAGUGGCACACUGAAUGACUUGAAGGAUCAUGUUGAUACGGUCCAGGACAGCCUGUACCCUAGCAGGUGAAUGAACAGUAAAGCACCCAAUCAUAAAGUCUCAUUGCAAAAGGUCACAUGGUUAUUUGCCGUUAGUCGGUUGAGGAUCCGGCUCAACUCCAACCAUGCAUGAGAUAAAACCAACGUCCCAUUAUGAAGUUAGAUAGUCUAUCAAGUUUAAUGGUUCAAUUGCUGGGGGACGAAAGGGUGUCAGAAGAUGAACUGAUGAUCAUAUGGAAGAUCGUGUAACACUUUACAAUAAGGUUUCAUGAAACUUUGGUCAACUAUUGAUUAUUUAAUUCAGUAAUAAGCAUUAUUAAAUAGCAUUAC